CCCCGGGCAGGCUGACGCGUUGCGAACGUGGUGGUGAUGUCGCGUCAGGCGCAGCUGGGCGUGGCCUCCUGGAUGUUGCAAUCGAGAGCGGACUCCUCAUCUGCACAGCUCGCAGUGGAAAGCAGGAUAUUAUAUUCUAUAAUAAAGAGCGGACUCCUCAUCUGCUGAGCUCGCAGUGGAAAGCAGGAUAUUAUAUUCUAUAAUAAAGAGCGGACUCCUCAUCUGCUGAGCUCGCAGUGGAAAGCAGGAUAUUAUUAUAUUCUAUAAUAAAGAGCGGACUCCUCAUCUGCUGAGCUCGCAGUGGAAAGCAGGAUAUUAUAUUCUAUAAUAAAGAGCGGACUCCUCAUCUGCUGAGCUCGCAGUGGAAAGCAGGAUAUUAUAUUCUAUAAUAAAGAGCGGACUCCUCAUCUGCUGAGCUCGCAGUGGAAAGCAGGAUAUUAUUAUAUUCUAUAAUAAAGAGCGGACUCCUCAUCUGCUGAGCUCGCAGUGGAAAGCAGGAUAUUAUAUUCUAUAAUAAAGAGCGGACUCCUCAUCUGCUGAGCUCGCAGUGGAAAGCAGGAUAUUAUUAUAUUCUAUAAUAAAGAGCGGACUCCUCAUCUGCUGAGCUCGCAGUGGAAAGCAGGAUAUUAUAUUCUAUAAUAAAGAGCGGACUCCUCAUCUGCUGAGCUCGCAGUGGAAAGCAGGAUAUUAUUAUAUUCUAUAAUAAAGAGCGGACUCCUCAUCUGCACAGCUCGCAGUGGAAAGCAGGAUAUUAUAUUCUAUAAUAAAGAGCGGCUCCGACGCGCAGUCCGGGAGAGGGAAGGACAGACAGGGGCUGUGUGAAAGACGGAGGAGGAGAAGGAGGAGAAGACACGUAUUUAAUACAAGGAAUAGAACAGCCAGGGUUUAUCUGCUUAACAAUACUGUCGAGUCGAGCAAUAAUUAAACCGAACGAGGAAUUCAAAACGCUGUUUUUUUGGUGUGGAAAAUAAUACAACUUCAAGACAAAGAAAGAAAAAAAAGGGUUGUUGCAGUUAAUUACAAGUGUAUUGACUCAGAAGAGUUUCUUUAUCCAAGACGCACACCGAGGAGACCGGCUGCUUCGACACACAGACACGUACAAACCAGAAGAGCCCCGAGACUGUGUCUCUGUCCUCCAAUACUGUUGUUAUACUGUUAGUUUUAUUACACUGGCUCCCGUGUCUGUUGGAAUCCGUUUUCCUUAAGUAAACCGACAGCUUUCACUUCGAAUCGGCUUCGUUUCUGACAAAGGAUUUCUUCCGUGGGGAUAAUAAUAGAUACACUUAGCGGGAAUCGAGAACAAAAGAAACCGGGCUGGUGGUAUACCCGGCGCGACCCUCUGCAACAUAACACCAUACCAGCGGGUUUGCGCCUGCCUCUCUCUCAUCUGCAUCCGUGGAAUUGAACUGGAAACCCCGAACACCGCUUUGGACGACUUUUCUUUGUAAUGAUCGGAUUAUAAUGACGACGCUGUAGUCGCAUUCACCCCAGACGGAAUAGCUGCAGUACUAAGAUGUGCCUCUAAAUUCGCCCACAGAACAGCGUUGCGUUGUUUCUGUUUGAUUUCACCCCCCCCUGAAACUGGUUUCCUGCAUUUUUUAAUUUUUUAAUGUGAUUGGACAUUUUCCGACUCCUGGAAUACUUUGACGUCACCGUGUGCCAGAGACAGACAAGGCGGCCCUUUGAAGUUGCAAGGCUCUGUUUCCCUGUAGACCAAGAUGAGCCUUAACGAGCAGCAGAGGGCGUCUCGCACCCUCCCGCUGAGGCUGAAGAGGCUUGAUUUCGAGGACCCCAAGGAUACUGACACUCCCAAAUGCAAGCGCCCCCGCUUCAGCCAGCCGCCCUCCUCUCCAGGGCUGCCCCCCCUCUCCCAGAGCUCCUGCCCUGGGGUCUCGGACCACAGCAUCUCCCGGGUCGGGCCCUACGUGCUGCUGGAGGCCACCGAGGGAGGCCACUCCUACGGCGCAGUCCACAGCGUCACCGAGCGGGAGUACACGUGCAAGGUGUUGUCCAUGAAGAGGUACCACGAGCUGAUCGCCCCCUAUGCCCGACUGCCGGCCCACGAGCACAUCAGCAGGAUCGCGGAGAUCGUCACGGGGGAGCACAGCGUGUACGUGUUCUUCGCGCGCAGUCACGGCGACAUGCACUCCUACGUGCGCUCGUGCAAGCGGCUGCGCGAGGAGGAGGCCUCGUCCCUCUUCGGGCAGAUGGCGGAGGCCGUGGCGCACUGCCACCAGCACGGCGUGGUCCUGCGAGACCUGAAGCUGCGCAAGUUUGUGUUCACCGACAAGCAGAGAACUAAGCUGGUACUGGAAAACCUUGAAGAUUCUUGCCUUCUUAAAGGGGAAGACGACUCGUUGACUGACAAACACGGCUGCCCGGCGUAUGUGGGACCGGAGAUCCUGAACUCCAAGCACUCCUACUCUGGGAAGGCGGCGGACGUGUGGAGUCUGGGGGUGGUGCUGUACACCAUGCUGGUGGGACGGUACCCCUUCCAGGACGUGGAGCCCGCCGCCCUCUUCAGCAAAAUCCGAAAGGGGGUCUUCACCAUUCCGGAAUCCCUCUCUCCGAAGGCCAGGUGCCUGAUCCGCAACAUGCUCCGGAAAUCCCCAGCGGAGAGACUGAGCGCCAGCGAGACCCUGCUCCACCCCUGGCUCAACUGCACCAGCAUGGCGUCCCUCAGCGCCCCCCCCAACCCAGCCGACAAAACCAGUCCCGAUCAGGUGGUGCCCGACUUCGACAAAUACGAGGGCAGAGACUGAUUGUAGUGCGAGAGCUGUCCUGGCGUGAGAAAUGCUCCGAGCAAAAAUUCAAAAAAUAAACGUUUGAGGAAAGCCAGUGGCGACUGUUGGGGGUGGGAGCAGCCUGGAUUGUAUUGAGUGACUGGUCUGUUCCAAGGGAUCUGUGGAGACCGUUUGGAAGCAGUCAGGAACUGACAUAUGGGGUAUUUGUAUUUUAAGCCUUCGGAAGGGGACUGUUGCAAACGUGAAGGUUUGGUGCACGAGGACUGGGCUUCGGAGGUGCUUUGCAAGGUUAAAACUGAUGACCAACAACCAGACUCCAACACACAGGUGAAACGGACAUAGCAGAGGGACGAUUUUAAUAACGUAGUUUUUUUGAAUGUGGUAUACAAAGUACAUUAGCUUCUCUGCAAGCUUAAAAGAAAAAAAGAUCCAGUAUCCUGUGUCUAAACGCUGUUUCCACUAUUGAUUUUGUUUCCGCUUCCACUUCAUUGAAAAAAGAAAAUCGUGUCUGCGUCAGUGAAAUACUGUCCUGCUUUUUCUGUUCUCUUCUAUCUAUAGAUAAGUCAUUUAUCACGCCGUAGUUCUUGUGCCAGCCAAUAGUGAUUCCUUCCGCUGGCUGUGCUUUCAAAUCAGUGCCACAGGGGAUUAGGUCUGUUCCAUUAAGGAAUAUAUUUGGCAGGCAGACCCCCACCUCUUCCACCCCUCGUGAGAAUAAUGUAUUGAAACGCAGCAGCUUUUUCCUAUGCAAAAGCCACUCGAUGGUGUCUUUGUUGCACUGAAAUAAACACGAUUUGGAGAUGUCCUUGGAAGAAGGAGACAGGUUGUAGGUGUAGCAUUACUAACGUCGGAUACCUCUGAAUCGGAUCGAAUCCUGGAAUACUUGACGCACAACAGGGAUUGUGCUAUUUUUAGCGUUGUUGUUUACAGACGUUGUUUGCUGUGUAAACCUGGGUCCAGCAAGUGGAAGUGCCUUUCUUUGAGACUGGUGAAGAGCCGGUAUGCCACCAGCGCUGUGCUAGUCCUGCACUCCGCUUCCCAGUUACUGGGGAACCGCUUGAUUCAGAAAGGGGGGGGGGUAUUUUUAAACAAAGAACCUUUCCACAAUUCUGGACCCUUGAUGCAAAUCCCUUUUUUUAUUAUUAUUAGUAGUAGUCUUGUAAACCGGCUAUGUUUGAUUUUGCCCUAAAAAAACCAAACUGCCUAUUUUGUAAGAUUAACAUUUGUUUGGUAGUAAGGCAGUGAAUAGGUGUUUAGGUUUCUAAGCUAGAACCUUUGUAUUUUCACGGGGUCCAGAGCUUGUGAAUUACUGAAGGCGGAGGCUGAGACUAUGGACGGAGUGCAGCUUGUUUAUUUAUAGCCACACAAAUCCCCAUACAAGGGCAGCAAAGUGGGCAUUACAGAUCCUGUUGACUGAACACACUUGAGAGUCGCAAGGGGCACUGGAGGCAAACACAGAGCUGAUGUAGCUGUGUACUCUCAUGCUUUCUGUACAGCAACAGCAUCUGUGAUACACGAAACACAUUUUGUGAAUUUGUAAAUAAUUUUUUUUUUUUUUUGUAAUUUUGAAAAUGGAUGAAUGCACACACUACUAAUUUUGUUGUUGUUGUUGUUCAUAUACAAAAAGUGAAUAUUUUUGUUGAUGCCAAUAAUUAAAACAAUUGUAAAUUGA